AUGGCACCUAUUGUGCCUACUGCACCGGGUGCUUUUACUACAACUCCGGUUGAUACUGCAAAUUUGUCGGGCGGAAUCGUAGCAUUCGCAGCAACGGUCGCCAGCUAUAGUCUACUACGAGAACAGGAUAUUUGUCACGUUGUCACUUCCAGUGUCGAAGCAGCAGGUCGUCCCAAAAGAAGUACCUCCCUGACCGAGGAUGGCGUUGUGGUGUCGAUUGGGCUCGCCUGGGACCAAGUAGGUGCAACAGUGAGCGUAUUGGGUUUGUCUAGAUACGUUUCUGUUGGUACAAGUGAGGAGGGUGUCGAAGCCUGGGGGUGUACCCAAACCACCACGAUUUUUUGCAAAUACCCGGACGUAGUGAAGCAUAUGUGGUCUGAGUCCUGUUAA